AAAUGUUGAAAGUGCAAAUCAAAGUUGGUUUGAAGAGGCUAAAUCACAUUUAACUAUAAAUAAUAAAUGGACAGUAAUUGUCCGAUGUUGCGGUUUAACACAAGAUAUAUCAAGUGGAAAUUACAUGCUUGUAAUGGUGAAAAUGGAUAUGGAUUUAAGAAAAUAUUUACAACAAAAUAAUGAACGACUCACAUGGAAAGAAAGAAUUAAAAUUGCUUUUGAAAUAAUUAAUGCACUUUAUUUUAUUCAUUUUGAAAAAGCAAUUCAUAGAGAUUUGCACUCUGGAAAUAUAUUAUUUUCACAAUUUAAUGAUAGAUGGCUUAUUAGUGAUCUUGGAUUUUGUGGACCUGCUGAUAAAUCAUCAAAAAGUAUAUAUGGAAAUCUUCCUUACAUAGCACCCGAAGUUAUUAAUGGAAAAGGGUAUACUUUUGCAUCUGAUAUUUAUAGUAUUGCGAUACUUAUGUGGGAAAUUUCAUCUGGAUAUUCACCAUUUAUUGAUUAUAAGCAUGAUGAUUAUAAUCUUGCAAUGGAUAUAAUUAAUGGUAUGAGACCGGAAAUUAUGUCAGAUAUUCCUUUAGAAUAUAAAAAUUUAAUGGUACAAUGUUGGGAUGCUGAUCCAUUAAAAAGACUUGAUAUAAAAUUUCUUCGGGAUAAAAUAAGAGAAAUUCAUCUAUCAUAUCAAAAUAUGUCAGAUGAAUUUUUCCAGUCAAAAGCAGUGAAUAAUUUUGAAACAAAAACUAGCACAAAUUAUACAAGCAGCAGAUUAUUUACGAGCAAAGUUCAUCAAUUUGAAAAUUUACCCGAACCAAAAAAUGCAACAGAAGAGCAUUUCAUAGUAAAACAUAUGAUUUUAAUAUUCCUGAUAAUAUUGAAGAUUUUAAUAAUUCAAACGAUCAGAAGAUUAAUAAAACAUCAAAAAUAAAUAGUAUUUUUAAAGGUGGUAGUAAAAGGUUAUCUAAAGUAUUUAAAAGGUUACAAAUAAAUUCAAAUAAUG